GGGAUUCACUUUGACACCCUAGGCCCAGCCCCCUCGGUCCCUGGCUGUGUCUUCCUCCUCGAGCGAGCGCUGCCACCCCUCCAUCCCCAUCCCGCCGCCUCGCGCCCCAGCCCCUUAGUUCGUCGUCCUCCUCGCGCCAGCGCCUCUACCGCAGGUUGAUCUCUCCUUCGAUUCUCUCGCUACCGACCGUUUCUUCUCCCAUCACCCCACGAACGGAUUCCCCGUCUCAUCUACUUAAUCUUCCCCAAUCCGUAACUUAGGCAAAAAUCAAGGUAGGGCGGCCGCCCUACCUUCCUACUGGGUCCUCCGCCCGUCCUCGGGAGCUUGUUUAUUUUGCUGGUUUACUUCUUGGUUCCUCCCUCUUGUGUCUGCUUGGAUGACUGGUUUGCAUAGGCCAUUUCAUUCCAUUACUCUCAGAGAUUAGGCACGCUGGCCAGAUGGAAUUGAAGGGUGAAACCAGUCCAAAUUACAUUGGGACGGUACAUUUGGUCAUUCCUGAGCCCAUAAGGAACUUAUUGCCUGGAACUGGAGAAUGGAAUCACUAUAUUAAGUUUGAGGGUCAGCUUAUUAAGCAUACUGGCAAUAGAACGAUGACUCCAAAAUGGAGUGGAUGCCCUUCAAAUAGUAACAGAGAACUAUCUUCACAUGAAAAUGAGAAUAAGGAUGGCAAUGUUUAUAAAAGGAGGAAGAUGGAUAAAGAUUCAAAUUCUCUUUCAGCAGAUGAAGAGGUUAAAGAAAUGAAAAACCAAAAUUGCACUACUUCAGAAGAUCACUCUUCACUAGUGCUCACUGUUAAUCCUUCAGAUGCUACAGUUUCAUAUUUGACGGCAAGUAAGAUAGACCCUAUCGUAGAGCUUGAGGAGCCUGUUGGAGUUCCAUUAGAUCCAAAUUCUCGUGUGAACGAUAGAUGUUCAGUGUCAAGUAUUCUACCAUCUUCCAUGAUGCUAGACAAAAAGGAUGUUGCUGGAUGUUCCUCUUCAAAUAUAUGCCUUACAGAACCGAUAAGAGGGCUCACAUCAGCAAGGGAUCUUUGCAUUGCUAUUCUGAGAAAAGAUAGACUCAUAACUGAUUCACGAACUAGAAUCAGUUCAGAGGAAUCCACUGAUUGUGAUACCAACUGUUUGCUGGCAUGCAAUACUUGUAGGAGGUUGGAUGAUCCACUAAAGAUGCUUAUAUGUGAUUCUUGCGAAGCAGCAUUCCAUUUGUCUUGUUGCACCCCUUGUGUUAAGAAGCUACCAGCUGAGGAAUGGUAUUGCGCGCCAUGCUUGAGGAAGAAACCUAAGAGUCUUUAUGGCAAACUGUUAGAGGAUAAGGUCAAGUCUUCUGGGAAUAUGGACCAAAGGCCUCAUGGCAUGACUCAUAUCGAAUACAUGUUCAAAGAUACUGAAUCAUAUGUUACAGGGGUCCGAAUUGGCAGAGAUUUCCAAGCAGAAGUGCCAGAAUGGUCUGGUCCCAUUUUCAGUACUGAUGGUUAUUUCGAAGCGCCCUCUGAAUUUGAUCCUGCUGAACUCACUAAAGUGAAUUGGUGUUCAACAGAUAAUCAAAACAGAUCUUCAAAUUCAACUGGUAAUUGGAUGCAAUGCCGUGAGGUCUUGAACACAGGAUCUGACAAGCCAGUAAUCUGUGGCAAAUGGAGAAGGGCGCCCCUAUAUGUUGUUCAGUCAGAUGGUUGGGAUUGUUCCUGUUGUCUUCCUUGGGAUCCAGUUCGUGCUGAUUGUGCUGUUCCACAGGAAUUGGAUACAGAUGAAGUUUUGAAGCAGCUGAAGUAUGUAAAUGUGCUGAAGAAGCAUCUGGUUAUCCGGAAACACAAAUCAUCUUAAAUGCUGGGAUGGCCCAAUCAUAGUCCCUGCAAAAAGGUUUUUGUGCAUCAUGUUGUCAUGUAGUGAGCCAUCUGUUGUAACCUCCACCUUUAAUUCAUCUGUUGUAGUAGCUUCCUCCUUCAAUUGAUCAUAGUCAGGAUUUGAUCCAAAAGAAUUGUACAACAUAGGAUUUGUUCACAGCAGUGUACUGCUACUGAUUUUCGCCGUCACUGCCAUACAAUCCCGCACCCAGUUUUGUCCGAUGUAACUUUUGGAUGAGUGGAGGAAACUAAACAGGCACUGUGUCGUGCUAGACUUGCUAUUCGAUCUGAAUAUGCUCCUAUCUGAGGAGGGGACCAAGUCGGAUCCCAUUUUGUAAUGCCCGGUGGUCAUGUGUUUGUAGAAUCUGUAGAUAUUGAGGUUCUGUGAUGCCCCCAAAGAACUAACAAUUGGCAUCGGCGGUCAACAUUUUGUACAAAGAAGUGAGCAAGAAUCAGAACUAGUGUUUUUUUGAAGUACUUCUGCAUUGGAUACA